AUGGGAAAGGGGAGAAACAUUCAAGGGAGGGGGUCAGGGGUAGAAGGGAAUUCAAGAAUAGAAAAUGGACAGAAGAUUUGGGCUUAUGAGGUAUUUCCAGCGUUGGCUGCACUACAUUUGGUGGUGCACGAACAUAAUGCCUACAUCCCUCGUAUACUACAUUGGAGGAGCAACACUUUGCCGCGUUUUUAUGAGCUCAUGAGCCAAGUCUUCGAAAACCGUGAGGUUGAUGUGCAACUUAUCCGGCCAUCUGUAAUUGACAAGCAGCAGGCGUAUUGGACUUGGGGUGACAGUGUUGACAACACUGAAGAACUUGUUGAGUUGGGUAAAAUGGCGUCCACUGAGUUACGCACUUUGAAGCGUGACUUUGAAAGGAUGAAGGAUGAAUUCGCCAAAGUUGUCAGUUCAAAUCGAGCGCUUCACAACAGAGUGCAUGAGUUGGAAGAAAUGGUACGGAGGGAGUCAUCCAAAGUUGAAAGAAAUAACAAGUGUGUGGAGGAUUUGCGCAACACAGUGGCAUCAAUGGAGCAUUAUUUUAAGCUGGAGCUAGAGCAGCUGCGAAAACAAGAUGGUGGGGUGAAAGAAGCUGGGGAAGGACAUGAGGACCUCGAUACUCCUCAUAUGAAUGAAGGAGGUGACAAUGAAUUGUCGCCAUUACAUGACAAUGUCACUCCGCCCACAAAAUCGGCAGCAAUGGCAACACAAGUCCCCAGUGAUGGAGCCGAACCUUCCGCAGCCAUGGUCACUCCAGUUCCUGACUUACAAGUGCAUGAAGCAGCUGCGCAUGCACAAUCCGAGAAGCUGCCUACCCCGGAAGAUGUGGCCGGGUGUGACGAAAUCUGCCAAAGACUUAUGUUUUUGUUAGAAGAUUGGAAAAUAGCUGACAGAGUGCCAUCGGGAGGUCCGAUGAAUCCUCCAAGUAUACCUACAAUUAGUAUGGCUGCUGAUGAAGAAGGUAGUUUGAGUGUUGAAAAAAAGAAGUGGAAGGUAAAGGCUGUAGACAGAAGCGCCCGGCCCAGACAUUAUUAA